AUGGAGGGCUCCGAGGAGCUGGAGAGCAGCCUCCUAGCACAGCCCUGGGCUUCUGUUUGCUUUGGCGAGUCUGCUUUUCUUGCCAAAGCGUGCUUCAGGGAUACUGGCUACAUCGUGCUGAUCUCCGACCUCAGCGGUGUCUGGUACGAGAGUGCAGAUGCCGAGACUGUGGGACAAAGGUCCAAGGAGCUGAACAAGCGGCUGACAGUCCACGUGUCCUCCUUCCUGCGCCACUUGAGCAAGCUGAUGUGCCCCUUGCUGGCCGGGCAGCCGGACGCUGCCACCUCCUUCUUCUGCCACCAUGCUGCUGGCAGUCUCAGCCUGAAUGUGAAGAGCGAGCUCUCGGGGCUGCCCUUCUACUGGGAUUUCCACUGCUGCCCCGCUCCCUUGGAGAUG